GCGCCAUCAGUAGAAGAAGUGGAGGUAUUUCCUCUUUGGUUUUGGUGUGGCUAAUGGGCUAACUGCAACCGACUAGAUAAAACACCGACAGGUCAGUCUGAUGUUCACUGACUUUCAAAACUACAAUCGACACAUUGUUUGCUUUUUUUGUCGCAGGGAUAUGCCGGGAUAUUAACACGGAUACACUUUAAUGUGAUGCAAAGGUGCUCCAGGGCUCCACACCAGCAGUGAAUACUUCCAUACCCAACCUGAUGAUGGAGAGGGGAAAGUCAAAAUUGCAAAAUAUCCUGGAGGAUGACCUGGGCAGAGAUUUAAUGAAUGCAGGGCGGUUUUGCUUCAGCUGUGAGCAGAUAUUUGCAAAUCGGAAAUGCCUGGAGGAACACUUUUGUUCUGCUGCAAGUCAUAUCUGCUCAUGUGGCACUGAGUUUGCUGAAUACAAAGACGUGCUGGACCACAGCACAACACAUGAGCCAGGUCACCAAGUCCUUGAUCAUGGAACAAUACAGAAGCGCAGAAUUGAGAAGCGUAUAGAAGAGGAGCAGCAGCUGAAAAGACUACAGACUGGUGAGGUUGUCUGGAAGGUGCCUAAACUAAACAAUGUGCCAUCAGUGUCUCUUUUGGGGACACCUUUGCUGAAAGGACCCAUGACAUCAGCUCUAAUGCCACAAGUUCCCAUGCAGUCUGCGCAUAUUUCACAAGUGCCUCCGCUGAACAGCUCUCUGUCACAAACACCUGUGCUCAUUAAACCCAGUGAGAAAGACAUGCAGAACAUUUUUGCAGGUGUAGGUGCACCAACUGUAGAUCUUUGGUCACUUUACCAACCUGUCGUGAUUUUGCAAACACUGCGCAAAUUUAACAAGACACAACCUUACACAUGCGCUAAAUGUGGGCAUUGUUUUGAGAGAAAAACCUCCCUCAUAUCCCACCACAGCUCUCAUGUAAUAGAUAAAAUAUCUGGCUGUAUAGGAUGUGGGCUGCUCCUCUCCAGCAAGAAAGUAGUACCCCGCUUUCACUUUUGUAAGACACCCAACAAUACCACCAAAUCCAGACUCAUCACUGCUACACCGCUAAAUUUCAAGAAGCCAAUCGUUGCCAGUACAGGCAGUACUCCAAGGGUUGAGGGGCCUUUGGCCACUUCCUCUCAACAGCUGAAAAGUCAAAGUCCCACUGCUGCAAGAAAAGGCAGUCGAGUCGGGAUUUCCACCCUGCAGCUGGAAAAACUGAAAAUCAGUGCACACAUUAAAAGCAAUCGGGGGGUUAAUGUCUUGCCGCGCCUGAUAGCAAAGGGUCCCAGCUCCUUCAGCCCUUAUAUCACUUCCCCUCUACUAUCGAAGAAUCCUCAUCCCAGGGCAUCCAAUAACGGCAGUCAAGGGCUUCCUGUCCCUCACUUCGUGCAGCUGAAGACACCCACACAGUCUGCUUCAGGUGUAUCAAACUAUCCAAUGCAGACAUCCUCUGCAUCAAAUGGUUUUCCAUGUCGAGUCUGUCAUCUUUCCUUUGAAUCUGCUCAGCUGCUUCAGAGGCACAAGUGUGCCAGAGCAAAGGAGUUUAUGGCACAGCAUGUGCGAGAUGGCAAACGAUACAGACUAAAGAGGGUGGCACCAUUGACACGCCCAAUUCCGGUUUUGAUGAAUGGGGAGAGAAAACCUGGGGUUUCAGCUUAUGGUAACAUAAAGACAAACCAAGUCAUGUCUGGUAGUCUGAACAAAGGGCAAGGGGCAGCUCCUGUGGAUGGGGAAACAGGAGGCGACAUGGAUGAUGAUUGUUUCAUAGUUGAAAGCGGACCAGACAAACCUGCUGAGAUGAUAUACCAAGUAACCUCAUCUGUUCCUAUCACAACUUGACAACAUUUGAAAUGUAACUCCAAUUUGCAUGUCACAUUUAUGGACCAAGUACAUAAAGUCAGUCCUGUUAAAACAAAAUAUAGUUCUUGAGGUUAAUUGCACAAGAACACUAUUCUCUCUGGGUUUCUCCAUAUGAUUUUAAAGAAUUUUAAGAUGACAAUAUUAAUGUAUCUUAAUAAAGCUGGGUUUCUUUUGCCAGAACUAUAAACAAUCAGUGCCCCUGAAAAUGUAAUAGAAAAGGUUUAUCAUAACAUUCUGAAAAUGUAUGUACAUGGCUUAUCCAGUUUUGGUGGGAUAACCAGGAUAUCUAUUACGUUUUUUGUUCUUCAAUAUAUUUUUAGUAUGAUCAGAAUGUGUUGAGAUGCUGUGGGAAUUGGAACGCAAUAAGAGGAAAUAUGUGUUCCUACCACCUUUGUCAGACUUUGAAAGGUACAUGUAUUAAACUGUAUUUUCAAACUGAGUGUUUUUUUCAUCAUAGUAUAAUGCAGCAUGUUAUAAUAUCCAAUGUUUUCUCAUUCAUAAACCGUAAAAACAAA